UGCUGUAUAAAUGCAGCAUCAGCCUGUCAACAACAGUGUCUGAAAGCUUAUUGGUACCUAAACAUGAAGGGACUGAGCUUGGUUCUCCUUGUGCUUCUCCUGAUGCUCACAGUCGGGGAGGGCAAUGAUCCAGAAAUGCAGUACUGGACAUGUGGGUAUAGAGGACUCUGCAGACGGUUCUGCUAUGCUCAGGAGUACAUCGUUGGUCAUCACGGUUGCCCUCGAAGAUACAGGUGCUGUGCUGUGCGGUCUUAGCAUCUGCAUGCACCAGUAUGAGGGCUGACAUCUCCAGCACAGGAUGCUGUGAUCCUGGUCUACAGACGGCAUUAUUCUGGACAAACCAUUUUGACAACGUUUCUCUCAAUCAACCCCUCUUGGACAUCUAAAAUGCUUUUGAAGUGGAUUUUAUAUACAGCUCAUUUUACAGCUAUUAGGUGUGCAGCUGCAAUCCUGCUGCU